AGUCCCGCGUCUUGACGGAUGCCCAGAAGUUUAGAAACUCUUCCACCAAUGCGCGCUUCGGCGAAGAGUACGAGAGUGAAAGAGUGAACGAGGUGGUUUUUAGACACUACCGAGGCCCUGGACGAGAUCUGAACAUUUUGUGGACUUUUUCAUUGGACUCGUUGUAUUUUUUUUUUCUUUUAUAUUAAAAAGGAAAAGUGGAUUUGUGUCGUGCCGGAUCUCUCGGUGGUGUGUUUCGGCGGAUUAAUCAGUAUGCAGGCGCGCUACUCUGUGUCGAGCCCUAACUCUCUGGGCGUCGUGCCGUAUAUUAGCGGUGAGCAGAGUUACUAUCGCGCGGCGGCAGCCGGCGGCGGCUACGCGGGCAUGGCGCCUACCAUGAGCAUGUACUCGCACGCUGCGCACGAACAGUACCCGGGCGGCAUGGCGCGGGCGUACGGGCCGUAUGCGCCUCAGCCGCAGCCCAAGGACAUGGUCAAGCCGCCAUACAGCUACAUCGCGCUCAUCACCAUGGCCAUCCAGAACUCCCCGGAUAAGAAGAUUACCCUAAACGGGAUCUAUCAGUUCAUCAUGGAGCGCUUCCCCUUCUACCGGGACAACAAGCAAGGCUGGCAGAACAGCAUUCGCCAUAACCUGUCGCUUAAUGAGUGCUUCGUUAAAGUUCCGCGCGAUGACAAGAAGCCGGGUAAGGGCAGCUACUGGACGCUUGACCCGGACUCGUACAACAUGUUCGAGAACGGUAGCUUCCUGCGGCGGCGGCGUCGCUUCAAGAAGAAAGACGCUUUGAAAGAAAAGGAAGACCGGCAGAUCAAGGACGGCACGUCCUCCCGCCAGCAGCCGCAACAGCAGCAGCAGCAGGGCCGCGAGCAGCAGGAGCAGAACGCUGCGCCACCAGUGCGCAUUCAGGACAUCAAGACGGAGAACGGGGCGUGCACGCCGCCGCAGGCUGUGUCACCCGCUCUCGGUGCGGUCCCCAAGAUCGAGAGUCCUGACAGCAGCAGCAGUAGCUUGUCAAGCGGCAGCCCGCACAGCGUGCCGUCAUCCUCGGCUCGUUCUGUGGGCCUGGACGGCGGCGGAGGUGGCGAACAGCAACAGCAUCACGCACACCACCAGCAACAGCAACAGCACCCGCACCACGGGCACGGACACGCGCAGGGCUUCAGCGUGGACAACAUCAUGACGUCGUUGCGCGGAUCGCCGCAGGGCGCAGGGGAACUCACGCCGUCUCUGGCGGCCUCCGCGCGGACAGGUAUAAGCCCCUCGUUGUCCCUUAACUACUCGCCGAGCCAGGCUGCCGCGUACAGCUCGCCCUGUAACCAGAGCGCAGUCUCCACUACCUCGCACGCCACCUACCACUGCAAUAUGCAGGCCAUGAGCUUGUACGCCGCGGAGCGCGCCGGCACCACCGCCGCCAGCACCACCUCGGUGGACGAGACUUUGCCUGACUAUUCCAUCACAACCACCGCCGCCUCAUCGUCUUCGCUAGGCCACGCCAGUCACCUUGGCUCAAGCCAGGAGGGACACCAUGCUCAUUCGCACCAGGGCCGUCUCGCUUCGUGGUACCUGAACCAGGCCGGAGACCUGGGCCACCUCGGUGCCACCUACCCGACACAGCAGCAGAACUUUCACUCGGUCCGAGAAAUGUUCGAGUCACAGCGGAUCGGCUUGAAUAACUCCCCGGUGAACGGAAAUAACAGCUGUCAAAUGUCCUUUCCUCCGAGCCAGUCCAUAUACCGCACGUCUGGGGCUUUUGUCUACGACUGCAGCAAGUUCUGACCAAAAGUUCACUUUUGUGCGAUAUAUAUAUAUAUUUUUGUUAUUUUAUUCCCUCCUAAUGUCCCCUUUAUAUUUUUCUCCAUAAACAGAGUUUUUUUUGAUACUUAUUACCCUCUCCUCGCCAUGGACUGAACACACAAACACAUGGUGUUGGUUUAUUAUGGACAGUGUUACUGCAAAUAACACGUAAGUCUACUUUUUUCGCUUUUGUGAGCUAUAUGCUUUGCUUUAAAUAUACGCCAGCUUUUUCACGGACUUGUUAUUACGUGUAAAUUGCAUAUAGUAAUUUAUUUCUGAAAUGUAACCGGAAUAUUAUGGACCAAACACCCAAACCAUUUUUGUUUCUAAAAAUGAGUUGCCUUUAAUUGUGCAGAAAUGUUCCAUUAUAACAGGGGAACGGAAACGUGUAUAUCGCAAUAUUCAUUCAAAUUAUCUCAUUUUGUUGAAAAAAGUAUUCUGAAGGAACUGCAUUUUUUUGUUUAAUAAAUUACCAUUUUAUUUGAGUU